AUUUAUGUUUUGUUUACAACAUUGUCAUUAGCAGAGAGUGUGUGUGUGUGUAUUUCAUCUGAAAGCAAAGUUGCAAACUUAACCUUGGUCUCAAAACUGACAGUUCUAACUUCCAACCCAGUCCUUCCAGCACUCACUCAGCAGAUUAUUGAUCAAUAAUGAAUGAGGGGACAAUGAAUGAUUGUCAUAUCGCAACUCUUGAUGUUGGAACAUCUUCGGUCCGUUGUCUCAUACUUAAUAAGAGUGGCGACAUUGUGGGGUCUUCCAAUAAAGCGAUCACUCUACUAUACCCUGAAGCGGGGUGGGUUGAAAUUGAACCUGAACACCUGUGGACUACAGUUUUAGAGGUCAUUGAUUCUGCUAUAAGAGAUGCUCACCUCCACGCCACCGAUAUCAGCUGUAUUGGUAUCUCUACAGCCCGUUGUACCAUUAUUACCUGGGACAAGAGCUCCGGCAAACAUUUCCACAAUUUCAUCACCUGGAAAGACCUGCGAGCAGACUCUCUCGUCAAACAUCACAACUCGUCUUGUCUCAUGCAGAUGAUGAGGAUUGGCGCUCGCUGUCUUUACACUGUUUCAAGGCAGAAGAGGUUCUUGGCUGCUAGCGAUUUGAAAGCUAUGAAUGUUCAGAUUGUCUGCCGCCUGGAAUGGAUUCUUCAGGAGAUGCCGGAAGUACGAGAGGCGGCCGAGGCAGGCAGAGCUGUCUACGGGAUGAUAGACUCUUGGCUGCUGUACAAACUGACGGGUGGCAAGCUUCAUGUUACUGACGCCUCUUGUGCCAGCGCCUCGGGAGCUUACGACCCUUUCACCAUGGAAUACUCGGCUCCUCUCCUCUGGAUGUAUCACAUUCCUCGGUCAAUGAUGCCAACGGUGUGUGAUUCUGCUGGAGAACAUUUUGGUUCCACGGACGCCAAGCUGUUUGGUCAACCAAUACCCAUCAGGUCUUCUCUAGGUGACCAGUCAGCAUCCCUGUUUGGCUCUUGUUGUUUCAAGGAAGGCGACACCAAAGUUACUCUCGGCACUGGAACAUUCCUGGACGUCAACACUGGACGGAAACCUCACGCUUCUAUAUCCGGGUUAUAUCCUGUAGUAGCUUGGAGAUUCAAUGAUGAACUUGUGUAUAUGGCAGAAGGGAGCUCGUCGGAUACUGCUUCCCUCAUCCAUUGGUUACUCAACAUGGGUUUGUGUGGUAGUGCAUUGAGACUGCUCGAGUAGCUACCUCAGUACAAAAUUCCAAUGGGGUUUUGUUUGUUCCAUCUUUCUCAGGAAUCAAUG